AUGGCAAGUACGCAAAGAGUACGGGAUGGAUUGGUGGAAGCUCCAUACGAGCGUGUUCAACGCACCUCCAGUUUGUGCGAUGUUAAGCCGGUCGUAACCACGCAACACGUCGUUGACGGCGGCGCAUUCGCCGGCUUGUACAUCUUCAGGGUUUUCAAGGGUGCUAUCCUGCUCCUUCGUAUCCCUUUGACAGUUUUCCUGUUCAUCUGGAUGCUUGCCUUCCUUUUCGGGGCCAUGUCACAUACCAUCCAGGCUGCUUUCCGGCCGCUUUGCUCGAUUCCUGGACUCAGUAGCUCCAUGCUCUGCGUGCCUGCGCAAUCUCUGUCGAACAAGGGAACUCCACAGUGGGCAGAUUUCCCGUCCUUAAUCAGCCUGCAGACCUCGACUAUCGAGCAACUUUUGGAUGAAUCGACCUCCGGAUCCUCCCUAGCACUUCAAAUGAAGAAAGCGGAGAUAGCUAUGACGGAUCUAGUGAUUUUGGUCGGAGUGAGCGAGCUCACGAGUCGCGAGGCAUUGACCGAUGCUCUCCGCACCUUUGUCGACGACGCGCGACUCACUGGACGCUCCUUGAACAAACUCAACGCAAAAGUCUCCGGUGCAGUGGAUGGGAUCAUGGCAGUCAAUGAUUACGCUCUACAUGCCAUUGAAGCCGCGGAAGAGAACUUUGCCCUCGCACUGUGGAAUAGGCUAAUUCCAUGGAAUCGACCAAAAGCGGACGUUAUACUCAACACAUUUGAAGACUCGAUGAACUAUCUAUCGUUUACUCUCCAAAGGCUCGUUGUGGAAUUCGAGAUCAACCUGCACAACUUGAACAAGCUCGAAGAACAAUUGUCCGUUCUCCACGAGAUCGUCACACGCAAAGAUAUCUUCUUCUCUGCCGCCAAAACCGAGCUAUUGUCCAAUCUGUGGACUGUGCUAGGCGGAAACCGCAAACAGCUGCGUGGAUACCAGAAUCAUUUGAAGCUUUUGGAGGGUCUUGGGAACUACCGCAAACAAGCGUUGGUCCACGUUAUCUCUGCACUCCAAAUCCUCACCCAAAUGAGUGACGAUAUCGAAAAUCUUCGAGAAAGAGUCGCUGCACCUGGAUUGACAGGUUCGAGGAUCCCUGCUCAUGUACACAUCAAGAGCAUUCAUAGUGGGCUCGAGCGCAUCAAAGAGGGGAGAACUAAGGCUAAAGAGAAAGAAGUUCAUGCUGUGCGCCGUAUCGUUGGCGGAUCGACAGACUGA